AAGCAACCUCCGUCAUGAUCGCGUCAGCUGGCCUCUAGUCGCCCCACCUCUUCGUAAACCAGCCGUCCGCGCGCGUGUUUGGAGUUGCUCGCAGCGGGCACUCGUACAGUUUUGCGUCGGCCUCCAAUCGCCUUCUCCGCGCAGGAUUCCUGUCAGCCGUCCCCCUCAACGGACGUGAAAUCCGGUUCGAAGGGAUCGCGCGAGACGAAUCGAUACGGAAUCUCGAAACGCAAUCCGCGACGUCUUUGUUCCGCGUCGGGUCGUGAUAAUGCGCGAAGCGAACGAGUCGGGCUCUCGAACGAUCGACGCGAAUCGAUCGAUCUAGCCAGAUGUGACCCGGUUCGAAGCCGCCGUGCGAGAUCCAGAAACGGAUGGACGUGUGCGUCUCGCGCGCGAUCAACGAUCCGUCGUGAAUGAUGUAAGGAGGAUCGAAGGCGAUCGAUCGCGGCCCUUUGUCCCGAGGAUGCUGGAGGAUCGCAAGAUGAGGAGGAAAGUGUUCGCCGGCCUGGACGGGCCGAAUUGUGAUCGUGCGAUCGUAUGGUCGGUGUUGAUGUGGUGUCUAGUAUCUCUGCCCGGUAACGUCAAGAGUGCACCGCCCGGGAUAUGCGCGAUGGACGGUUGCAACUGCACCGUCAAGGCGCACCGCUGGAUUAACGUCAAGUGUGUCUUCUCCAACGAUCAGGACGUGGAGUUACUGGAGGGAGCCAUUCCGGUGGACGUGAUGGACGUGGAGGUUUCCCACUGCAGGGAGUUGAGGAUCCAGUCAGGCGCGUUCGCGGACGGCGCGCCUCUGAAGCGGGUUCACGUGUCGGGUAUUUACAGCCUGGUGGCCAAGAGGCAGGCCUUUCAGAACCUGAGCGCCCCGAACACGCACCUCGAGGUGUCCGAGUGCAACAGCGUCAUCCUCGAGAGCCACGCGUUCAGGAACUCGCGCGGGACGCUGAGCGUCUCGAUAUCGAGAUGCAGACACGUGGGGAUCAAGCCGAACGCCUUCUCGCGAUUGCUCUGGAUAGCGGUCAGGGAGGUGCCCACCCUGGAGCUGUCCAGCAACGCGUUCAAGCUCGAAUCUUCUCAACACGGCAGGCAUGGACCAGCGACCAAGAUUAUGUUCCAAAGCGUGAGAAUCACGGAGCUACCGACGGCGGUCUUCCCAUCGGCGAUCGCGGAGGUCCGCAUGGACGAUAUUUGGACGAAAGUGAUACGCAAAGAUGCAUUCUGCGCCAUGACGAUCUUCAGCGUGACCAUCAGCAACGCGUCCAUCCUGGAGAUCGAAACCGGCGCGUUCAGCGACAGGGCGCUCAUCCAGAGCCUCGAGUUCGUCGACGUUCGAUUGAAGAGCAUCGAGAGAGGAGCCUUCAAGGCUGGUCACGACAAUCUCACGAUACAAUACUCGAGAUUAUCCGACGUGGAGACCGGUGCCAUCGACAUAUCCGCGGCCACGGUCAGCUUCAACAACAACGAGUUCCAGAACCUGCAUCAGGGCGCGAUCGUUCUACAUCAGUGGAACCACAUAGCCAUCGAUUACAAUCUGUUCGUCGAUCUGGACACCGAUGCGAUCAUGGCAGAGGUGGACGCGACCUCGGCUCCUAACUUCGAGUUUUCCUUUACGGGAAAUCAUAUCCAAAGGGCGCGGCCCGGUUCCCUGAAGUUCGCCGCGAUUUCCCAGCGAGUGAACACCGCCCGCGUGGGCAACAAUUAUUUCAAAGAGAAGUGCAGCUGCAACCUGGACAGUUGGAUACGCGAGGUGACCGGCAAGAACAGUUCCGUCUCGUGGAUGAUGGACUCGAGCUUCUGCGUGGUCGACCAGCUCCUGGACAGAUGCUUCAAUCUGCCCCAGGGCUACAUGUCCAUGAAGAAUUUCACCCAGAUAAUAUGCACGGCGGGCGAUCACAUCAACUGCGAGAAACCGUCCGCGAAACCGAAGCCGAGCGUCAGUCCGCCCAGCGUCGGUCCUCACGUCUACCCGCGUCACAAGGGGUACUUCGACCUGGAGAUGAGCGACUCGGAGCAGCUGCAACGCGAGAAGAGGAUCAUCGUGGUGAUCUGCGUGGUGGCGGUGUUCAUCGUGUUGGUGGUGAUCCUGGCCUCCGGGAUCCUCUACAUGCGCAGAAGCGGCGUGUGCCCGAAGCUGACGUCCGGUCAUCUGAUGAAUCUCGCCAGCUGGUUGUCGCCCAGCAGCGGGAUGACGGCCGCCACCUCGGCCAGAUCGAUCUCCAGACUGAGCGUGCACGAGUACGCGGGCCUGCAGCCAGAGACCAGGAUCCUCGAGGUGGAGACCCAGCCAGAGGCGACGGAGGACGACGAGGAGGGCGCGGAUGGGCUCUAUCCCUACACCGAGAACAAGGCCACGCAAACCUUGCCCGAGGAGCUGACGGAGGAGUACCUCAGAGACCUCAGGGAGAGACUAAACGAUCCCGACAACUACAAUCAAGCCAGGGACAUGAUAGAGCAUCUGUACGAUCUCAUCAAAGUGGAGGAGAGCUGCAACAACAACAACGACAGACAGCCUUCGGACAGGGAGGAGAACGCGUACGACGUGAUCAGACCCAGACGGAAGAACAGGGGUCUCCCCAAACCGUCCGUCAGCGUGGGUACCAAGGCCCCGUCGUUGGAGAAGCUGCUGCCCAGUGGAAUCGAACCAAGGCCCCCGUUGACCGAGUACACGGAGCCCCGCGAUCAGAAACCCACCGAGCAGAACUACUUGUACGCGGAGUUGCCCGGUGACGAGACAGUGCCCAGCACCAGUCGACUGUCGCAGCCUGUCCUGGCGACUCUGGCCGGAAGAGCGCCGCAACCGUUGCCCCCGGACGUCGUCAACGAUCACCUGAUCAACGCCCAUGCGAGCCAGUACGGCGGCACGAAGAUCGGGAACCACAGGCCCCCCGACAGUCCCAAGUUCGAGCCACCCAGAAACCAAGGCAGGCCGAUGAGCUUCCUGAAGGCUCUGGGCGAGAGCAUCCUGGGCACCAAGUCUAGCAACAACAAGAGGCCCAACUCGCUGCUGUGCGAAUACGCCGAGCCCUCCGACGCCACUGCUCACCUCUACUCGGAACUACCUGAGCCCCAAACCUCGACGCCCGCCAGCAAGAUGGCGAACAGGCCGCUGCCCACCAAACCCGACCAGGAUUCCGUCAACGCGACGAGAGUCUCAUAACGACGACCGUCGUCGAUUGUCUGUGAUAUAAAGUGUACGAUAUGGAGAACGAAGACUAAGCAAAAUUCCUGUUCUCGCGUUCAUUUUCUCCUUAAUCGUUCGUCGGGAGUAGACGAAAAGUGCACGCCCUCGAGCAGCGAAACGGGGACGAGUUUUAUUACCGGACUAUUUUAAGGAUUGUAAAAAGAUAGGGAAAAUUUACGCGGAGGAUCAACGUUCGCUCGGUUUGAUGUAUCGUUUCCCGU